CAAACAUACGAAACAUGACCCCAUACCCUAUAGAAACACACUCUCCACGCUCAUAUUAUACUUGUACGUCAGGAGUUCACUUGCAAGAGACCGAAAGGAACAAAUGGUAAUCCAGUCUUCAAUCGUGUUGCUUCAAGAAAGAUUCAGAAAACUUCAGAGAACGCGAGAGUUAAGAGCUGAGCGAGAGCUCCUUAACCCUAAACCUAACCACCAAGACAACAAAAUCUUACAAUAUUUCACCCAACCCGCGAGUUUUGAUUUCUUCCAGUUUCUACCUCUAAACUCUCAAACAUCCUCGUCACAGCAGCUCCUCUCCCUCUCCUUAUGCCCUAACUCCACCUCUGAUUCCAUUGUUAAGCCUAGCUUUUGUCAUCACUGGACAAAUAAUGACGACAAGACGAAGGUGGUUGGGACUGAUCGACACGACGACGUUGAUACGUCUCUGCGUCUCUAAAAUUCAUAAAAUUUCUCCUCCGCAUUUUUUUUUUAAAUUUAUAAAAAUGUAUAUAUAACCUUUUCUGGUCGGUAUGCUCUUAAGCUCGUUUAAGUAGUCUCGAAGGUGGUGAUGAUAUGUUCAAAUGCAAUCAUAUAUAGUAUUACAUGUUUCAGAGAUAAAUCUUGCGAUACAACGAUUGAUAGUAUCGGUGGCGGAUUUAGAAAAUAAUUUUAGCGGUGACCAUAAAUAAAUAAAAAUAUAUAUUAAAUUAAAUAUUAUUACAUAAAUAUUUAUAUAA